UUUUCUUGUUCUAACAGAUCUUAGAGUAUCAUUUUCCUUACCAUUAUUUUUCUGAAUCCAUAGAAGUCAUGGGUUUUCGUUUGCCUGGGAUGUUUGCUGCUAAGCAGGGUGCAGAAUCCAAAAAUGUGCCAAAAGGCUAUUUUGCUGUUUAUGUGGGAGAAGCCCAGAAGAAGAGGUUUGUGGUUCCAAUCUCAUACUUGAAGAACCCUUCAUUCCAGAACUUGUUGAGUCAGGCUGAAGAAGAGUUCGGGUUCAAUCAUCCAAUGGGAGGUCUCACAAUCCCAUGCACAGAAGAGGCCUUCAUUGAUGUUACCAGUGGUUUGAACAGCUCAUAAGAGGAGAGGAGAGAGAUUCACAUUGUAGUGUAUAGGAUGAGUAACCUCUAACACAUUGACUUGUAAUUUGUAAAGCAGUCCCUCCAGUUUUGAAUUAAGAGGACUGGACUGUUUCAUUUCCACCCAUUGUAAAAUUAUUCUAUACAUUUUUCUGAGAGAAAUUUGAGAGUAAUAUCUCUCCAUACAAAAGUUCAAAAAGAAUCUCUUGGUUUUCUGUUUUUUUCUUUCCUGUUGAUUUUAUUUCCCAUGGUUUCCAUUUAAAAUUUGAGUAACCCAA